AUCCGCGCCCGCCUCGCUCGCACGCGUCCAGCGCCUCGCCGCCGCAGCCGGAUUAUCAAAACGAAACGGGAGUUAGUUAAGUAGACAGACAGACGCGAGAACUUCAAGGCCACACACCACACAAUCAGCAUGAAGAGUGCGGUGUACUUCCUAGCGCUCCUCGCAGCAGCGUGCGCCGCGCCGGCGGCUCAGCCCGAGCCGGCGGCCCAGCCCAGCCCCGCCGACGACAACACGCCCGAGAUCAUCGAGAUCAUCGCGCCCGCCGGAAGCGCGCAGGAGACGCUCUCAACGUUGAACCUGGGCGCACCCGGCUCCGAGCUCAGCGAGCGCAACAAGCGUACCAUCGGCAUCCUGCGACAGCUGUUCCCCACGCUCACGCAGAUAAUCGAACAGAAGGUACAGGAGAUCACCAGCCAGGUGCUGAAGGUGUUCGGGCCGAUCUUCCUGCGCGUCUUCUUAGGGAACAACAACAACGGUGGCCGCAGCAACAGCGGCACGGUGGAGCUGGACGACGACGACGACGACGACGACGAUGAGGACGAGGUGUCGUCGUCGUCGAGUACGACGACGGAGCCGCCCGAGAGGCGCAAGCGAGCGCUGUUCUUCUUGCCGAACGCAGUGGCCGACGAGAACCAGCUGCUGUCCGGGGCGGAAUCCCAGCAGGCCGAGGUUCGCGUGGCGUUCGGCGACGCCCAGGCACCCAGCGACAAUCAGGCGGCCAGCGACGACCAGGAAACCGCGGCGCAAACCAACAACGCGGCCAUCGAUGAAAUCACGCUGGACGACGCUGAUGACAGCGAAGAGAACAGGAAUAAGAGAUUCCUUGGUGGCAGCACGUCUUCUUCCGGCGGUGGAUCAGGAAACUUCCUAUUCGACGUGGUCAGACUGAUUGCGGGCUCAUCAUCGGGCUCCUCAUCCGGCGACGCCGCUGCGGCCGAGGGUGAGGACGCCGGCGGCCCCAAGGGAGACAACCUCACGGAGGGUGUCCCCGGCCCCAUCACGCGCCUCUUCAUCAUCGCCAACCGCGGUAUCGCCAACCUCAUCCAAGACCUCAUCCUACGUAUCGCGCAGACCUCCGAGAGGAUAGUCAACUUCAAGGCGCGACUCAUCACCUCUAUCAUCUAGAGAGUGGGCGUUUAGAAUAAUAUCGAGAGGCUUCGGUCGUAGCGAACUCGGAACGCGACUCGGAUCGGGGCGUGUGAAGCUAGCUUAACAAAUUCAUUUUACAUUAAAUAUUUACAAAAACGACUUCAAAAACACAUAUUUGAUCUUAGUAGGUUUAGGUUUAAAGGAAACAUAGGAAACUUAAUUUUCUAUAAUAAAUUAUGUCUUGUUUUCGAUGUCCCAUUAUUUCUUUAUACUACUGAAUCGAUUUAGAUCAAAUUUAAUUGGGACCGAAACGAGAACGUUAAUAUAUAAAAUAUAGAUUUAUACUCUAAAAAAUUAAAAAUGUCUAAUCGACUACUAAAAGUUGUUGAAGUCUGUUUUAAGUUACAAAUACAACCCUGUCCGUGUCCCGAUCCGACCGUCGCAGGAUCGACCGCAGAGUGUUACCGCGGCGAACACUCCCGCUACUUGACUGAGCAUGAAAAUAUAAACCUGUUAGCUCGGGAGCUUUCCUUCGGUAUGAUAGUAUCGACUGAAAGAUAAUCGUAACUUCGAAGAGCCGCAUAAUAUCCUACUAUAUCGGGUACACAUGAGACAUAAAUGUCGCUACAGUAUCGCUUCAGAGCCCUGACUAUCCUCAUUGAAGUUGUACCUAAGGGAGAAAUACAAUUUAAAAAGUCAAACGUCACACCUGUGUCAAGUUUGGCAUCAUAAAUUGCAGUUGCGAUAGUAGGUACCCAUUCGGUUAAGUGAUUCAUAACAUAGAUUUUGUAUUUUAACAUACUUAUUAGUAACUUUUUACUAGCUCACAUCGCGAUAAGUAUGUCUCAUGACAGAUACUUAACAUAAAAAUAUAUUUUAUUUAUUACACUUAUAUAAUAUUGUAUACACAAUACUAUUUAUUUUUUAUACUUUUACACUAUCUAACAGAAAUUUACAUUUUAUACUCUCUAUUUUUAUAUAACUGCUUUGUACUAUUCUAUAACGGAAUAUCUUCAUCCCUCGGGGUAUGCCCAAGAGAACCGAUAGCGGAAAUGUUUAGUUUAAUCGAGGUAGAGGGUAGGCUAUUGAUAGUUAAUUGAUAAUAAUUAAUUGUAUUUCAACCGCUCGAUGGGAGCAAAGCAAACUGACCUGUAUUUAUUUAUGAGGCUCGGCUCCCACUCUAGCGGUGAUUGGCUUCUAUACCAAUAAAAAUUGUAUCUAAAGCGAUUUACACAUGCCCAUUUUUUGCCAAACCGAUUGAUAGACAAUACUACGACUAACAGUAAUUCCUCAUUUUCACAUUCCUUGGACAGUCCAUACUUUUGUUGAUCAGGCAAAUCGGAGUGUGUAUAUCGCGUUUAAGUAGAGUCGCGCCGCAGUCGGUUCUCCGGUGCCGUGCUAGUGAUGUGCUAGUGAUGGACCGCUAGUGACGUGCCGCUAGUGAUGUACGCUGUGAUUUUUGUGUGCACUUAAGUAGAGAGUGCGCCGCGGGCCGCAUCUCGACAACUAGUGAUAGAGUGUAGUGAUAUGAGACGGCAGCGCCGCCUUGCUCAAGCUUUUUUAUAAUGUGACAAUCUCAAUUCGUUUUUACGUUUGUAAAUAUGUAUUAUAGCGGAAUGUAUGUAAAAUAAAUGAUUAGUAAAUAGUUAUUAUUGUUUUGGUUUGUAAAAUAAAAGGAAAACUGUUAAUAAAUAAAAACAUUAACUUGAUAAAAAAGCGCUUCUGAUUGAAGUUUAAUUCGAAAAUAA